UGUUGGCGCACAUUCCGAAAGGCAUGAAAGGGCGAAAGGCAGGCCUAGAUCGUCCGUAUAUCAGGCUAAUUUUCUGCGGAAAAAAACGCCGAAAAACCCUUUUGAUUCGACAGUUAAAAAGAGUACAACGUGGAACCCUUUCUAGGUGUUGAAUAUGGGUUCAAAUGAGACAUUAUUUUCGUUGGAACUGGCAGUGGAAUCACUGCGCAUAAACUCGUCCACUGUUGUGUGCCACCUGCCGUCCGUUGCAUUUCGCCUGCUCGACUUUCCCACGCUGCUCCUUCACCAUGUGGACCCGGAAGAGGCGCAGAAUAUCAAAGAAAAGAUCAUUCUGGACAGCUUUGGAGACAUUCCAUGCCAGCUGCAGGAACUGAAAGACCACCGGGGCAACUUUUGCAUCAACAAAUGUAAAUCUUCCUUGUUCAAGAUGGACCCGCAAAUGCUUCUGUCGUACUUGAGGAACACGCCCCUGUACGUAAUGCUCAUCGACGUCUGGCCCAAGGUCCCCAAACUGGUUGCGAAUUGUACAGUUUCCUUGCAGACUACAAUGGAGGAGAUUUCGCAUGACAUUGAGCAAAAUGGUUCAGAUGUUCCGUCGGUUCAUGGCGAUCGAGACAGUUACAAGUUGUACAAUCUGAUGGGAAGUGAGGUGGGAUGGAUCGUGGUGCGAUACCGGAUGCUCAGCAUGGGUGCUAGUCUGAUUCCACAUAUUCCUCAAUCAGAAAUUACAAAGAGAGGGUCCGAGACUGUUGACCUGGCACUGGCAGUGACCCCAAGAAAGAGCAAAGAUGAUGGAGUUGUUCGUGAUACGAAAAAGGGAAACAAGGAGACGGACGUUGUGCUGGAGGACUUGGAAGUGCAAGGUCAACCAAAAGGCAUUUCUGUGGCCGUAUCCACUAUUGAUGAUCGUGAUUUUAUUCCUAAACCUGCUGGUUCAGAGAAGAAACAACAAGCAACGCAAACAAUAAAAACCACAAAAGGAAGUGGCCACCGUAAAAAUGUAUUUCAGAGGUCAACACAGUUAAUUAGAAAUGAUGACCUUAUUGUUAACAAUACCCAUUGUCCACCUCCUUUGUUCUUCAACACAGCAAAUGAAGAUGUACCAGCAUCCUCAGAUCAGCACAGGCAUGUUGAGUCAGUGAGGAGGAUUGAUCAGGACAUUCAGUAUUUCCUAUCAGGUAGAAACGCUGAACCCAAAACGAGAGCUGAAAGUUUUAGUGAGGACUUGAGUUCAUCAAGUCAGACUCAGUCUGACGACAUUGUUCAUCAGAUUGAGACACACUACAAGUUCCCCUCAGAGGAACAGAGUACAGCUUCACCAAGUUGGAGUGUACGAAAGACCCAUCGGGCACUGAGGAAGGAAAAAUCACAUGCGAAAAGAAUGGAAAGGCAACCCGAGGAGAGAAAAACAAAGAGUGAAACUGAGUCAGCUCAAGAAGCUGGUUAUCAAGCAUCAGAUAUCUGUAACAGGUGUCAGUUAAAGCUUGAGCCCAAUCAGCGCUCCCAGCUGCCGGUUCUUGAGGCUUUACUUCAAGAAUUGAGUCUACUCCAUGGAAACUCCCUUCACAAUAGAGCUGCAACUCUAUCAAGAACACCUGCCCAAGUUCACGUACAACAUGCUGUUGCCAAAAAUCAAGUGACUAUAAAGGAACCAACAGAUGAGAAAGAAAACGUUCACGUAAACCAACCAAAAGUUGUACAUCAAACCAAGCCAUAUCGUCACAAGCACAGGGAGUGCGCUAAGCCCCCACAGGGAGUCCCACCGACUAAGGGAUGGCUGAGGCAACAGAAGCCGGUCCCGAAGGUCAAACGCAGGACGAAGUUGCGCUUUGGCAUGACAAACUCGCAGAAGUUAAGAUUGCAGAAGAACAAUCCCGAGCUCCUCAGGGAGAUGGAGAUUCAGGAAGCAAGGAUGCGAGCCUACCAGGAGGAGAAAGAGAAAGCGAUAAAGAAUCAUCAUGUCACAGAUGAACUGGACUUCAUUGAUGCCGUCAAUGAACAUGACAUCUCAACAGAGAUUGCCCACCAUUUUGAGGGGGAGGAUCAGGCUGUUCACGCACGACAUCCGCAGAAGAAAUUGCCGUCAAGAGCUGAUAGUGGAAAGUCGUCUGCAUCUCAAACGAAAGCAGCGCAACAGAAAAGGAGAAAGGAGCACUCAGACCAGAGAAACCGCCAGAUCGUCAGCCCAGAGCAGCCCCCUGUGGCGGCGCCCCGCAGACCCAAAGGAGCAACAUAUUCCUGGGCAGAUAAAUCCUCUCCUCACUCAGAGGAUGGAAUGGGAACUGACCAGGAAGCAGCUGAUGAUGGAAUAGGGGCCAGUGGAACAGAAGCUAGUGACUUUCGGUUCGACGGGAGCAGAAGGGACAGCAGGGGAUCGGUGGUACAAAAAGAUUUAAGCAGCAGUGAAAAGAGCGCCAGGAGUAUUGACGUCUAUCUGCCAAGUGCAUCAGUUCCUGAGUCUGACUCAGGGAGCAACAGUGAUGAUUCAACUGACACCGACUUACAGUUUUCAUCUGCAUCGAGUUAUGUCAAGCAUCCCAAAGCAAUCCAGAUACCUGGCCUGCCAUCAGAACAGGACUUGCCACAGGAGGCUGUGAAUCAAUCUGAUGAUCCGACAGACAUACAGUACUCGGAUGACUUUGUGGGAUCUGACAAUCUCGCCUCGACGGGGGAGCAAGAGCUGGCUCCUCUUGCAUCCAACCAUUCUGAUUCUUACCAUUCAACUCAUUCAAGCGUGUCAGGCACAUCAAGGAGCAGCAGCGUGAGAACCACCAAGUCUCAAACCACUCAGAUUGCGGGGAAAACUCCUGAAGCGUCUGGCCCGAGACCCAGUGGGAAGCCUGCCAAUCCCCAGACCAGACGCCUCAGCAUCCCCAAACCCAAACUCUCCAGCAUAUCACCUGUGCCGGUCCGAAAGACCUCCAAGACGUCAACCCUCUCCAUCAACACGGCAGUCGUAACCCCCGACCCUCCUUCAGAGACCAAGCGAUCUCAGACUCCUCCAACUCCUAAACCAAGACCUUCCCUCUUGAGGUCUGCCAGUUCCUUUUCAGAGACCUCCUUGCUUCAGUCCACUGUUCCCUCGUCGGAGUUCAAGACGGAAGACUCUCUCAAUCCUGGACAGUGGACGAAGCAAGACGAAUCUUCAAACAGCUACUCUGAUGAUUUCAACAAUUCAGAGCCUAUCAGUGAUCACAGUGACACUUUUUAGUAUAAGAUCUGAAGAGUAUAAUCUUAAGGAAAUAAUAUAAAUCAUUUGCUUGAACUUGAAGGCCAAAGUAAACAAAACUUCAGUGGAUCAGCCAUUAUUUGUACAGAUAUUAAUGUGUGCAUUUGAAUUACGAUGUGAUCUGUGAAAACUAUUAACAUGAGUAAAAAUGUCUUAUAUGAACCCUUGCUCUCUAAAUUCCAAAGAGUGAAAAUUCUUUCCAUUUAAGUGAAGAUUCACUCCCCCAGUCGGAAACUAGGGACUAGACAUUUUAGAGUGCAAUUUCUUCAAUUGUAAAGAUCGAGUUUUCACUCGAGCUUCGACUGAAGUGGCUCAUUUUUCAGACUAUUUCAAUCGAAAAUGAGAGUGAUUUUUACUCUAAAAUGUCUUGUCCCUAAUUUCACUCUUUGGAAUUUAGAGAGUGUCCUUCCAGACUGUCCAAGAUAAUUUAGUAUUUUUCUUAAGAAAAUGUCCAAUGUUAAUGCAUCCACAUUACGUGUAAAUGCAUUGACAUAACAGUGGUAAGCAGCCACACACUCCAAGGAUUAAGAACCUGCUAACUCACUUCAUUUGAAGUUUCUUUGCUGGUCAGCUUCAACACACCCAUGCACCAUGUCAAACUGACUGGUGCAAUUGCACUUAGAGAGCAAGGUUAACUUUUUUUUUUUUAAAUACAGUAUGAAAGCUGAGACGGCUCUUUCAUCAACUGGUUCUACCUUUAUCAACAACAUCCACCUCAAAAGUUAGAUUUUAUGAGUUGGCAAUUUUUUUUCAAAACGUAACAUAAUGUUAAGAAUGUACAUGUGUCAUUACAGUCGAACACCUUUACAACAAGAUCCUUGGGACUUUGUACCUUGUUAUAACAGGUACCUUGUAUUAACAGUAAUGAAAAACAAAGCCCAGGAACCUAAAAUUUUGCUUGUUAUAAGCUUGUAUUAACAGUGCGCUUCUUAUCAGGGUUCAACUGUAUUUAGGAGCUUUAAUUUUUGAAUGGUUAAAAUCAGAGAUUAGGUACUCAAGUAAGACUCUAUUGUACAACGUAUUCAGUGGGAUGUUAUGAUAAGGUAGAACGGAAACAGGUAUGUUUAGAACCUUGGAGAGAAAAAGCAGGAUUUUAUUGAGGCAGAGAAAGGGCUCCAAUCAAACAGUGUUGUACAGCCAAGGAAUAUCUUAAAAAUAAAUAAAGAUAUUUGUUCCAAUACACUUUGGGCGGGGCCAAGCCCUGUUAUCCCCAAAUAUAUUUUGGACCUUGAACAAAAUCCCAAAAGUAGUAUAGAUUUUGUACAUGUGCAUGCACCAGAAUUUGGUAAUCAUUAGGUGUAUACAUAGGCAACAUAGCAAUUGUAUGUUAAUUUGAUAUGGGUUAUUAUUAGUGUGCUUAAAGUUGAGUUCCUGGUGCUCUUCAACCAAUUCAAAGUUUUUUUCUACAUGUAUUCAUAAAUUUUCAACUUGGUAUGUUUUGCGAGCAAACUGGCUCCCGAUCCGUACAUUAUCGAUUUCUCUGAUUGUGGGGCGGGAACCUACCUACCUCGCGAGUACGAAAUUAUCGUCUGGCAACCAAUAAUUCAAAAUUGUAAAGUAAUAAUAUAGCAACUAAAUGUGAGCCGAUUUAUUUCGGUCGAUGUCUAAUUUAAAAUUGAAUAACUUUUGUUUUAUGCUAGAAAUAUAGCAAUUUAGAUAAGGAAUAUAUUUUUUUCGGAUGACACUCGAAAAUAGCAUGAGGAACAAAACUUUAAGCUUCAACAUAUACGAACAAAACCACUGAACUUUUUUCCCCCCAGACAAUAUUUGACAGGCAUGCUUAGGCCCCUAUGAUUCUUGUUCUUUUUGGUUCAGAGUCACCUAAGGAAAAUAUUUGCUGUGUCCCCAGUUUUACAAAAGAAACAACAAACGGCUAUAGUUACAGGUUGUCUGCAUAUGAUUGAUACAUUAAUUGGUACAAUCGGUGACAGAAGAGGAAGCAAGUCUAAAGAUAUUGCUUUCUCUUUGAAAAGAAAAUAUUUAUUCAGGCACCAUUUUUAGAACAAAAAAUUGAUAUCAAAUACAUGUACAAACUGUUGAAUUUUAUUCCUGGUUUCUUUACUGAUUGAAUGAAAGAUUUGUAAUAUUUAGUCUCUGUAGUUAAACAGAAAUCAUUAGAAUUGUGAUGCUAUUACUAUUAGUUGUAAAUAAAAUAAACAUAUUGAAAAAGAA